AUGAAAAAGCUUGCCAGAAGCGAUCAGAACAAAGAUCUUCUGCCACUAUCUGCAACAGCAUCACCUGUACCUCGACACGACAUGGAUGAUAUAAAAGUGGAAUACCACCCCAGUAGUGGUCGCCCUACCCAAGUGUACCAUUUUGAGGACUAUGGUCGUGGCACCGGUGCCCCAACAGCUGUUCCGAAAGCAGAUCCUGAGCCCUGGAAGCCGUUUCACACUCGUAUCGACUUCGAGGUUGCAGAACUUGCCCAUGAAGCUGCACUCUCUUACGAGCAGCUGGACUGGCUCAUUGAACUCGUUAAUUGCAGUAGGUUCGAAUUGUUUACCCUCCGGAAUCACAAAGAUGUGCGAGACAUGUGGGAGGCAGCGUCAUUCAAAAUGACACCUUUUACGAAGGAGGAAGUUGUCGUGCCCUUCCAAGGGAUUGAUAAGACAUUCCUGUUAUUUCAUCACUCGCUGUGGGACUGGGCUACAGAUCUACUUCAAGAUCCACAAGUAGGUCUGCAUUUCAUCUUCAAUCCCCAAAGGCUUUUGAAGUUCGACGGCGAGAAGUUUGUUCGGUUCAUUCAUGAGCCGUGGACCGCGAAUAAUUUCUGGGAAUAUCAAUCGAAAAUCCCACCGGAGGCAAAACCUCUUGCAUUUAUUUUGUAUGCUGACAAGGCCAAAUUAUCGUUGUUUGGUCGUGCGAAAGGUUAUCCUGUAGUUGCUCACUGUGCUAAUCUUCCUAUUGUGGUUUGGAAUGGAGAAGGCUUGGGUGAGGGGCGUGUUGUUGGUUGGCUAUCUAUUGUAAAGGAAGAUAAGAAGCAUUCUGGAAAGCCUGCUUUUGUCAACUUCAAGAAUGCGGUAUGGCAUGCAGCGUUUCUGAUGAUUCUUGCCUGUCUUGCACCACUAUCGAAGUUCGGUUCUGCCAUUAAAUGCUGGGACAAUGUUAUUCAUGUUUUCUAUCCAAUUGUGCUCAUACUCUCUGCAGACUACAAAGAACAGGCUGUAAUGGCAUUGAUUCGUGGUUUGAUGGGCAAAUUUCCUUGCCCUAUCUGUCUAGUACCUCACAACAAGCUUUCUAAUACACUUAAUGUGUAUCCUCUCUGCACAUCCGCAAGAGAGCAGAUCUUGAGUUCCCAGAGCCUUUGUGAUGUUGAUAGCUCAUUUGAUGUCCUCGAGCACACCGAUGUUCACAGGGCUCUAUCUCAUGAUAAACUCCACUUCAACGAUGAGGGAUUGUUCAGUGAUCACACAUGGGCUGAACUGCAGAAAUGGGUUGAAUGUUCUGGUCGACAGGCUGCUGUGCAGAUUGACAGCUUCUUUCAAUCAGUUCCACAUUGGCGAAACCUGAAUCACUUUGAUCAGGUUAUAUCAGUAUCAUUUUCUGAUGGAACAAAAUAUGAAGACAUAUCGAAGCUUAUCAUCUUUGCAGCACAUAAUGUGUUUGACUGUGAUACGGAUCCGGAGGCAUAUCUCCUGCUCCAGUUUAAUAUCUAUGCUUCAUUAGAGGUCCAUACUGAAGACACCAUCAAAGAUGGCCAAGAAGCUUUGUCAAAGCUCACUGAAUUGUUGGAUAAAUACAUUGAAGAUACAGCAGAGAUUUGUGAGAAGUCCUGGAAUUUUCCUAAGAAACAUCUUUCCGCCCAUCUCUUUGAUGAUAUUGAGGCGAAAGGUGUCUCCCAAAACUAUAGCACCAAGCCUAACGAGAAAAUGCAUGGCCCAUUGAAAGACACUUAUCAAGAUUGCAUGAAUUUCAAGAACUUUGCUGAACAGUUGGAUUACCUCGACACUUGGAAUCUCAGUGUGUCCAAUUCAGAAGAUCAACCUGAUACUGCACUGGAGGCCGAUGAACAUUUGAGUCUUGGUUCAAAGCAGGCAGCAAUGUCAUUCAUAGACAUUGAGGCAGGUAGUGCGGGUAACCCAGCAUUUGACAGAUUUCGGAUCAAGCUAAACAGCUUUCUGAACCAUUCAUUUGCCACCAACAAGAUACCAUUUCCGGAUGGACGACGGAUCCAACUGACUGCCAGCGAGAUGUCAUUUGUCGACUGGCGAGUGUCAACAGACUACCUUCGAUGCACGCCAAUGUUCCACGGCUCACCACAAUAUGAUUGUAUCAUCUUGCAGACCGACACUCACAUCAUCUUUGGUAAAUUGAUGUCGAUUUUCACCUGUACGGUAGGGGAUGUUCAGUAUCCUAUCACGCUUGUUCUUCCAUAUGACCAACUGGUUGGUGUUCAUCCACAAAAGGACAAAGACUUUCAGUUUUGGCAGGUUAAGACAAAGCCUAGGGCUUCCACAGAGUUUUUUUCAGUUUACUCAAUUAUUCGGGGUUGUAUGAUAGUAGAGGAUCCCAGAAGACCUGUCGAGUUUUUGGUUGUUGACACUGUUGACACGGAUAUGUUCCUUCAAAUGCAGGACAUCCACAGCCAGUGA